AUGGCGGUGAAAUCAGCAAAGGUCUCUGCUUCUGAGUCCAUUAAACAUGAGUCAGACGUUCUCUUUGAGAUCAAGGGUUGCCCCUUCAUUAUCGAGCGCCUGGGUGAAGAGACCACGGCCACAGACAAGGGUGACAUGCUGGACAACAUUUUGCUUGUGCCUACCACAACAACUAGUUCUGGUGGUACUAGUUUUGUAGCCAAGAUUGCAGAUUUUGGACUCGCUAAGAAAACUAAUGUAAAUUACAGUCGAUGGGGAGGCACGCCUAGAUAUCUGUCCCCAGAGGCUUUUAUUAAUAACAAACAAGAUCAGUCCUCCGAUAUUUGGUCUCUAGGUUGUAUUGUGUUUGAGAUGCUAACCGGCAAGUCGCCCUGGGAUUUGAAGCCUGGUUACAAUCCAAACAUGUUGAUGUUUUAUCAUCUACGUACUUGCAAAAUUCCGACUGGAAUCUCAGAUGUGACCAGGGAUUUUCUCAAGAGUUGCCUUGCCAUGAAGAGCAGGGAAAGAUUAACAGCGGAAAGUCUCUUGUCUCAUCCAUUCGUAGCGCAGCCACAAUCAUCAAAAGAGGUUCAUACCAAGGUGAAGCUGGUUAACUCCUUUUUGGGCUACGCAUCUGGUGUAUAUGUUGCAUCAAACCAAGCUCAGAUGACCAUGCAAUCUCUGCCAUUGUACAAUGAAAGCAUCCUUCCCUGCAGGUUUUCGGAUGUUGUUGGGCUUUUUCCGCAGUGGCAGCCACGGAAGGAAUUACUCAGCUUACCACUGGUAAAUUGA